AUGGAACUCAAAAUACUUACCUCUCUAGCACGGGGCCAGGCUGGAAUACUGCACCAUAUUACCUCAACCCUCGUCUCCUUCGAAUACACCACUGGCAGUCCCAGAAAACCACACACUCUCCUCUUUGUCGGUGGCCUAGGCGAUGGUCUCGGCUCGGUCGAAUACCUUGGCGACAUCGUGCAAGCCCUCGAGUCUACCGAGUGGACUGUCUUUAACCUAGUCCUCUCCUGCUCUUACGGUGGCUGGGGAAUGGGAAGACUCGGUACCGAUAUCGAUGAGAUUGCGCAGACGGUGGAAUAUAUCCGUGAAUACAAGGAGCCUCACUAUGGCGCGGGCAAAGUGGUCAUUAUGGGCCAUUCGACCGGUAGCCAGGAUGUGAUGCACUAUAUCAAUUGCCCCAACCCUCGACCUGCCCACCCGGUGUUGGAUAAGUGCUGGGAGCCUAUUCUGCGAACACCAGUUGACGGGGCCAUUAUGCAGGCACCCGUAUCGGAUCGCGAAGGAAUUUUGUGGGUUGUCAAGUGUGGUACGGCCAGGGAUAGCCCUGCAGCCAUGCAGGAGCUAUAUGAUAAAGCCGUGGCGGAUGCGAAGCGGAACACAUAUGAGACGAAAGAGGCUGUGGAUACUGUCGUCCCUCUUUCGGUGACCAGCCGUAUUGGGUACCCGUCAACAGCGCCUGUCAGCAGUCGACGAUUCUUGAGUUUGGUCAGCCCCGACAGUCCCGAGAAGCCGUCGGAAGAUGAUCUAUUCAGUUCAGAUCUGAGCGACGCGCGAUUGAAUCAGACAUUUGGAAUGGUUGGGUCAAGGGGGCUGUUGAAACAAAAGCUUUUGGUGCUGUACUCUGGUCGCGAUCAGUCCGUUCCUGACUGGGUGGAUAAGGAAGGACUGCUUCGACGAUGGCAGAAGGCUAUUGAUGCUCGUGGGCGUCAAUUCUGGGAUCAUCGGAGUAUGGUUAUUCCUGGUGCUUCUCAUGCGCUCAGUGAUCCCGACCAAGCAGAGCCAAGGCGGAUACUCGUUGAGAGGGUGACAUCCUACCUGAGCGAUAUUCAAAAAGCAUGA